AAAAUCUAAGCAAAACCCUUUUUAUAUCUCUCUCAGACACACACACAUGAUCAAAGUCUGAGAGACAGCUCUUCUCAGUUGAGAGAAGCCUUCCAAUACCGUGAGAGUCUGAGAAAAAACAUGUCCCAACAUCUUCUUCUCAUUCUCCUCUCGCUUCUCUUCAUUGUUUUUGUUAAUCCCAUUUCCGCCUCUCAAAUUAUCCAAAAAUUCAAAGAAGCCCCACAGUUUUACAAUUCUGCUGAUUGCCCCAUAAUCGAUCCCGGAGAUGAUGACGAUGACGUGUCGGCGAAGCCAAUAUUCUGCUCUCGUCGAGCUGUCCACGUGGCCAUGACACUCGACGCCGCCUACAUUCGCGGCUCAGUCGCCGCCGUCCUCUCCGUCCUCCAACACUCCUCUUGCCCGGAAAACAUCGUUUUCCACUUCGUAGCCUCCGCUUCCGCCGACGCGUCGUCUCUACGCUCCACCGUCUCCGCCUCUUUCCCUUACCUCGAGUUCAAAGUCUACGUCUUCAACGUCUCCUCCGUCUCCCGUCUGAUCUCCUCCUCCAUCCGCUCCGCCUUAGACUGUCCCUUGAACUACGCCCGGAGCUACCUCGCCGAUCUCCUCCCGCCGUGCGUCCGCCGCGUCGUGUACCUAGACUCCGAUCUAAUCCUCGUCGACGACAUCGCCAAACUCGCCGCCACAGAUCUCGGCCGAGACACCGUCCUCGCCGCGCCGGAGUACUGCAACGCAAACUUCACCUCCUACUUCACCUCAGCCUUCUGGUCAAACCCGACUCUCUCCUUAACGUUCGCCGAUCGCAAGGCGUGCUACUUCAACACCGGAGUGAUGGUGAUCGAUCUCUCGCGGUGGCGGGAAGGUGAGUACACCGCACGCAUCGAGGAUUGGAUGGCGAUGCAAAAGCGAAUGAGAAUUUACGAGCUUGGUUCGUUACCGCCGUUUUUGCUGGUUUUCGCCGGUUUGAUUAAACCGGUUAAUCAUCGGUGGAACCAGCACGGUUUGGGAGGAGAUAACUUCAGGGGACUGUGCCGAGACUUGCAUCCUGGUCCGGUGAGUCUGUUGCAUUGGAGUGGGAAAGGUAAGCCAUGGGCUAGACUCGACGCUGGUCGGCCUUGUCCGUUAGACGCGCUUUGGUCUCCGUACGAUCUACUUCAAACGCCGUUUGCUUUGGAUUCUUGACCAAGUUCGGUUUACUUAUUUUACCGGUUCAGAGUUCUAUGUAUCCCCCGACUCAGGAAACGACGACCCAGUUACUCCAAGGCUCGGAAUGUUUAUACACGUCGUGGUUCAAGACGAGUCCCUCUGUAUCAUUAGUUUGUGAAACAUGACCAUUCAUCUCAAAAAAGAACUCAUCCUGAAUACUUUGAAGAAGAGCACAAUCUGUAUCAUAUUUCAACGAGACAUGACUGUUUAUCUCAAAGAUUUACUCAGCUUGAACACUUUCGAGACCAUAGACGGUCGUGCUCUGUCCGUGCACAUCGCUGGGGGGGGGUUGCAUCACGAUCCAGUACGUCACCAACAUUAUAAUCCACGGGGUUCAUGUACAUUAUUACUAAAAGCCAGGUUGGAAUGCUAAGGUGUGAAGCUCCCCACUGCAUUACGGUUCUUGAACGUGUAUAGAAUGUAUGAACUAUAAAGAGUAUCAUUAUUCUGGCUAACGUUGUUCUUCAACGUGACUUCUUCUUCUCACAUAUCUUUGUUCUUCAAUGUGUCAAUCUAUGCUCAUGCUUGAGAAAUAAAGAGUAUAUAGGCGUA